ACUAACAGUACCACCACAUCAGGCUUCCCGACAUCUUCAACACUUCGUUGCUGCUCACAUUACUAUUCUCAGACCUACCUUCCAUUUCUAUCUCUCAGACCACCAGACCGCUCAGCCACCCCAUCUAUUGGUCACAUCCUUCCCACAUUUCCCUCACCGUCAGUCAACAUGCUUCUCGUCCUCACACAACCCCACCUCCUCCUCCUCCUUGCCCUCACAGCAGGGUCCAACCUAGCAGCGGCCGCCCAAGCCGACGAUCCCGUCGCCAUGAUCAAGGGCAUGUCGCAGUGCCAGGCCCUCUGCGCGGUGAUGGCCAGCCAGCCCAAGACCGGCUGCGGCGUCCGCUUCGACUGCCUGUGCGACGGCGACGGCGGCAAGGCCUGGCAGGGCAACGUGAGCGACUGCUUCAACGCCAACAACUUCAAUUUCAAGGACGCCAACGCCCAGCAGCUCAGCAAGCGCCGCUGCAGGGACAAGCCCGACGCCAAGGACGUCAAGCUCACCGACCUGUGCAAGGCGUACUCGCCGGAUAAGGCGAGCGACAUGGUGGAGGCGUUCAAGGAGAAAUACCCCGAGGUGCAGGAUGUCUCGCUCCGGAUCGCCUUUGGUCUGAAGGGUCCCGAGGCGGAAUUGUCGAGCGACGGUGCUGCUGCUGCUGGUGGAGGUGGUGCUCGAUUUGGCAUGGUUGCUGCUGGGAUGCUGGCGGCUGUUGCUGGGUAUGCCGUGGCGAUGAUUUAGCUCGGGGGCAUUGAGGCGGUAAUGGGAUGGUGACAAUGGGUUUGUUGCGGGUUGUCCUGAGGUUGGGCUUGUGGCAUGGGAUGAGGAGCUGGACCGCUAUGGAGCGCCGGGCGCUGGGGCAAGUAUCUAUCGGUGUCUUAUGUUAUCAUGGGUUCCUAUUUCUGCUUCCGCCUUGUUUAGAAUGGGUUGCUUGUAGUGGGCGAGGUCUGCGCGGCUGCGCGGUGUUCUACUCUAAGCAUUGAGUCAUAUACAUCUUGUCGGUCUGGAUCA